AUGGAUCCUAUUCUGGCGAUCAUCGGGCAUGUGCUUUUUAUUAUGAUGGCAUGCCAGUCUCAGAUGCUGCUGGCCUGCUGGCGGUACCGUGCCCAAAGGCGCAGGGCUGUUGCCAGAUUUUUGUCCAGCAACUCGCUCACCACCCUGGCAAUGACACGUGCACGAAGACGGCGGCGCCAGCCCCGACAGCAGUGGUUUUUUCUUGCAGAGAUGCAGGAACCGAGGCAGCAUUGGGUAUACCCACGCAGCACGGAUUGGUGGGAGAACAUCGUGCUGCGACAUUGGGAUGAACAUCGGUGGAUUCGCCGUUUCAGAAUGUCCAAGGGCACAUUUUUGGAAUUGGUCUCCGCUCUCCGUCCAACGCUUCAGCGAAAGACAACCACAUUCCGCUCCCCAAUAUCUGUUGAGCGCAGAGUAGCUGUUGCGAUCUGGUGGCUUGCAAGCGGCACCAGUUACCAGGUCACCAGUGACUUGUUCGGACUUGGCAAGUCAACGGUUGCCUCGGCUGUCAUAGAAUUCUGCCUUGCCGUCGAGCUACACCUGCUUUCAAGAACGGUUCUCUUUGGAGACUCUAUUGCACAGAUAAUGGAUGGCUUCAGGAGGAUGGGGUUUCCUCAUUGCGUGGGAGCAGUAGACGGCACACAUAUCGCCAUUUGUGCCCCUGGUGGCCAUCCAGAGCAGUAUGGCAACAGGAAAAACUACUCCUCGAUACUGCUCCAGGGGACCGUGGACCACAGAGGAAGGUUUGUGGAUGCUGAGGUCGGGUGGAGUGGCAAAAACCAUGAUGCGUUUGUUUUUGCCCACUCCGCCCUGUGUUCUGCAAUGGACUCCGGCGCACUGAUCCCCAACAACCACGACAUGGUUUUGGAUGGGAUUAGGAUUCCACCGGUGAUUUUGGCUGACGGUGCAUAUCCCAUGCGCAGGUGGCUCAUGAAGCCAUACGGCCGAACCACAACAACCCCUGCACAGCGGAAUUUCGAUCGUCAACUUGCUCGCUGCAGGAACGUGGUGGAAAGGAGCUUCGGUAGAUUGAAAUCCAGGUGGAGGUGUCUCUCACACAGGCUGCAGAUCAGAGAGCAAAAUGUCAUCUCGGUUGUGACUGCAUGUGUGGUGCUCCACAACUUGUGCGAGAGCAAAGGGCACCCGAUAGUGGGUGGUGGUGAAUGUCCCUCACCGGUGCUGCUGUCCCAACAGGAGGAGCGAGAUUUCAAUGGCAACACCCGGCACCUUGCAGAGGGCAAGAUGGUCCGCGAUGCCCUUGCUAGACACAUCCUUGGAAGGAUGGACUCACUCUGA